CCUUUGUGUCUCUGUUGUCCCAGGAUUCUAGUAUGCUGUGCUGGGAUCGCAGCCUAUGUGCUGGAGAAGACUGGGGACUUUGCAGCCGGGCCUCAGAGAACCCUCAGGAAUCGAGCAGCACCCCAGAGGAGAGAGCACAGGCCCUUGCACUGCCCACUUUGUACCAGAUCAGCGGUUCCAGGGAAGGAGUGAGAAUUGUAGGCGGUGGUUGGGCAGGAUCAUGAAUGAGGUUAUAAUUAAGGACAUGCCCAACACAGUCUUGCCUAGCAUCUCCGCUUGGUGUGCCAAGGGACAAAGAGGUUUGUUUCACCUGUGCACAGGGGCUCAGAGAACCUCCGCGCCAAGCGUCUGCAGAGAGGAGUUGGAAUGAUUCGGGAUGUAGUGGGUGGAACUGGUGCAUGUAGGCAGUGGUCAUGCUGCUAACAGUGGAGACUGGGGCACACAGAUCUCCUGUGAACCCGCCAAGAUCAACCCCAACUACGACAGAAACUGGUAGGGGCUCAGACUGCGGCUCUGCGGGGUGUGGCUCAGGUUAGCAAGACCAGUCCUGCUUGCCAGUGGUUUCAGUAACUGUAGCUGUCAAGGGGUCCGCGAUUGGCUGUGGGCCGAAAGUCUGCUCAUGGAUUGGCUGAUUUAGUUUGGGGGCUGUGCCCUGGGGGCAGAGUCCACUCCCGGGACUUCAAAUAAGACACCCCCAACUGGCUAGUGUAGAACCGAGUUGGUGUAGUUAAAACCUCUCUUCUGCUCCACGACUGAGGCUCCGGAGCAGAGGCACCAAAAUCAGCUCUGCGCUCACUGCCCAAGCUGCGCAGAGAGCACCCGGAGGCCCCAGGGGCCGUCGGGUGAGCAUUUUCUUUAGCCAUGGGGUCUGCAGCGUUGGAAAUUCUGGGUCUGGUGCUGUGUCUGGUAGGCUGGGUGGGCUUGAUCCUGGCGUGUGGGCUGCCCAUGUGGCAGGUGACUGCCUUCCUGGACCACAACAUCGUGACGGCGCAGACGACUUGGAAAGGGCUGUGGAUGUCGUGCGUGGUGCAGAGCACCGGGCACAUGCAGUGCAAGGUGUAUGAGUCUGUGCUAGCGCUGAGUGCGGAGGUGCAGGCUGCUCGGGCACUCACCGUGGGCGCUGUGCUGCUGGCGCUGGUGGCACUCUUUGUUACCUUGACCGGCGCUCAGUGCACCACCUGCGUGGCCCCGGGCCCAGUUAAGGCACGGGUGGCACUCACGGGAGGAGCGCUUUACGCGCUGUGCGGGCUGCUGGCACUCGUGCCGCUCUGCUGGUUCGCCAACAUCGUGGUCCGCGAGUUCUAUGAUCCGGCGGUGCCAGUGUCACAGAAGUACGAGCUGGGCGCGGCGCUGUACAUCGGCUGGGCGGCCUCCGCACUGCUCAUGUGCGGCGGCGGCCUCGUGUGCUGCGGCGCCUGGGUCUGGUCCGGGCGCCCAGAGUUCAGCUUCCCCGUCAAGUACUCGGCGCCUCGGCGGCCCACGGCCAAUGGCGAUUACGACAAGAAGAACUACGUCUAAGGGCGGGAGGCAUGGCGGGGCUCUUCCCGCAGCUAAGCCCGCGAUGGGAAAGACCGAUGCGGGAAGCCGCACGUGGAUGACGACCACCGCUGGUUUGCGCAGCGCAGACUCCGAGGCAAGUCAGGCUGGGUUUGGGCCAGGCUUGCCCGCUCUCACAGAGGGUCGGUUGACCGGCACUAGCCAGGUCCUGCUCAGAACAGACUACAGGCACUUGUGAGGACUUGACCGACCUUUUCUAUGUGCAGUUGGCCACGACGUGGGUGGAACUCUCAGAUUUCAUCGGUGAAGUAGGCACCAAACAGCUGCUAACAGUUCCUACUGAGAUCCUGGGGAACACUGGACGCUGCCUGCCUUCAUGUCCAGUGGCACCUGCUGACCUGAAAGGGCCGCUGGAGAGACCCGGGGGCUGCCGGAGGGACGCAUUUAAAAGGGCCUUUUCCUUGUUAGUGGAGAGGAACCUACUGAACCAAAGGACUUGGCCUGGACCUGAUCUUACUCCAGCAUUCCCCCAAGGUGGGGGGCCUGUAGGUACCAGAGCCUUAGAGGGGUUUCCUUCCUCCUUGAAGCUUGGGGUUUGGGGGGGUGGGCCGGGCAAGAAUUUGCUUAGUAAAUGGUUUGAACACUUUCAA